AUGCUCUCAAGUGUUGCUGCAGUGAAGGUACCCCGCACACACAACCUUCGCCGCAUGACCGGAUCCAGCGGAAGGAGGAGGGAAGGAAGAGAGAGUGAGCCGCAGAGGCCCAACAUGUCCCGGCGUGUGUCUACUUCCGCGGUGCUGCUCCUCCUCGUCGUUAUGAUGUGCUGCAGCGGUGGGGCUUCGAACGCCGUGACGAGUAAUUCGGGGAAUGCGCAAUUGCCGCAGGGAGUCGAUCUAUUUGUGCCGCAGACGACGCAGGUGCUGGCGAAAGGUGGAACGUCUCAAGAGACUGAGAGGGAUUCAUUUGUUUCACCCUCUCUCGCCAGUGCUGGUGGAGUAAUUGCUGCUUUUGCCGAAGGUCGCGUGUAUCGCGAAUAUCAAGUCGGUAGACAAAAAGAGAAAAAUUCUUCUGAUAUUGUGGUGGGGUACAUCGACUCUUCGUGGGGUUGGUCUACUCUUGUUGGCAAGGUGAAUGAAAGUACAUGGCGAGCACACACUGUGCUUGGUACAACGGAUGGAGUGGAUAAUCGUGUGGACGAUGUGUUCAACCCCACAACCACCACGAAGGGCAAUAAGGUGUUUCUUCUUGCGGGAAGCUUUUAUGAGCACAAACAAACUGUUGGAAAUCGGACAUAUAGCGGAUUCAAAACACAACUUGAACUGGUUGUGGGUGAUGUGAGGGAGCCUACGAGCAGCAAGCAGAGUGAACGUAUCAAAUGGGGCUCACUCAGGUCUCCGUUGAACGGGAGUACUAUAGCUGCUCACAAAGGUAACUUGACAAGGUUUCUUGCCGCUGGUGGCGCAGGUGUUGUGAUGGAGGAUGGCACGCUUGUGUUUCCUGUGAUGGCGAAGAGCGGAAAUGAUGGCUAUUGCUCCAUGAUUAUUUACUCGAAGGACAACGGCAGUACCUGGUCGCUCUCUGAGGGCAUUUCCCCUGCGAACUGCACUGACCCCCGCGUCACCGAAUGGGAUGGAUCACUUCUCAUGAUUGUUAAUUGCAAGAGCAGCCAGAGGGUGUACGAGUCGCGUGACAUGGGGACAACGUGGACGAGGGCCAUCGGGACACUCUCGGGCGUGUGGGUCAACUCACGAUUAUACUUUUGGGAUCUGAGCUUGCGUGUGGAAGCCCUUAUCACCGCGACCAUUGAGGGCAGGAAGGUCAUGCUCUACACACAGAGAGGGAGCUUCUCGGGGGAGAAAAGGGAAAGAGCGCUCUAUCUUUGGGUCACGGACAACAACCGUUCGUUUUAUUUUGGACCACUUGGCAUGAGCAGUGCUGUGGAGGAGGAGUUCGCCAGCAGCCUGAUGUACUCGGAUGGCAAGUUGCAUCUGUUACAACGGAGGGACAAUGGUGAAGACAGUGCCUUGUCGCUUUCUCGCCUGACGAAGGAAGUGAGUACGAUCAAUUCUGUCCUGAAGACCUGGGCGCAAAAGGACGCCUUCUUCUCCGGGUUGUCUAUACCCACGGCGGGUCUGGUGGCAGCUUUGUCCGAUGCGGCCAGCGGUGACAAGUGGUACGACGAGUAUCUUUGCCUGAAUGCGACGGUGACGCCUAAUGCAAAGAAGGUCAAAGAUGGAUUUCAGUUGACGGGGCAUAGCUCCAGGGUAUCAUGGUCCGUGAACAUUCCGGAUGAUAAUGUGCGUCAUAUAUCUUUGAGCCAAUACUUCACACUUGUGGCGUCGGUGACCAUCGAAGAGGCUCCGAGUGGGAACACACCUCUACUGACUGCGACGUUGGCGAACAAUAAUUCCAAUCAUACCAUGGGAGUGUCGUAUACCGCGGAUAACAAGUGGGGGAAGAUGUUCGAAGGCAAGAUAACAACGGAAAGCAGGCCUUUGGAACCGAAGAAAGAAUACCAAGUGGCACUCAUACUGCAAGGCAACAAGGCCUCUGUGUACAUUGAUGGUGAGUCGCUGGGGGAGGAAGAAGUGCCGUUAAAAAGUGAGACACGACUUGGGCUUGUACACUUUUGCUUUGGCGCGUGCGAUCAGGAGGGACACGAACAAGAACCCCAUGUGACGGUGAAGAACGUCUUUCUGUACAACCGCCCACUGAAUUCCACUGAGAUGCGUGCAAUCAAGGACAGGAUCCCCGUUCCGACGAGAGGUCCGGAAACCCAACUGGAGGAUGGAACGGAAAGGAGGCAUAUCCCUCGGAUUGAGGGUGUGCGAGCCAAUGCGCCUGCUGGGAGCGGACUGCUGCCGCUGCUUCUUCUGCUGGGAUUGUGGGGCUUUGCGGCUGCGUGA